AUGCAGGCCCAAGCGACGCGUCAAAAACAGCAAGCGAUUACCUCCGCGCAGAGCCUUACAUGUGUGCAGACGUUGCUUCGCGCGUCGCUUGGAUGCAUCACCUACUUGCGAGAUUUGCUACCUCAGGAUAACUUCUCAUCCAGCUACCUGACGUCCGGCCCGUCCAACCCUGGCUCAUCAUUCGAUUCACUUCCCAGUAGUCAAUCAUCAACUUCAGGGCCCGGCGGUUUCAAGAUUAUGACUGUCAACCGCGGCUGGAGCGCGGAGGCCGACAAGUUACUCGACUACCUCGAGAAGGGCAUCUUCGACGCUAUCGAACGCCAGUACCUUAAGAGCUUCAUCUUUGCUAUCUAUCUUGAUCAAGAAGACCCAAAUAACUUGGCCGAGGCGUAUACGUUCGAUUUCACUUACGUUCGUGUGCCUGGUACGAGCACGGUGGUUCCCAUCAUGUCGCUUGGCGAGGAUAUGUCGAAGAUGAAGCUGCACGACGGUGCGGCAUCGCGAGAUCCCGUUGUCCGCGCGAUUGCGCAGAGUCGCGUCCCCACUCUGGCGGACGUCAAGCGCAGUCUGAAGAGCAUGGUCAAGCAGCUCAUCUCUGCUGUCAACCAGAUGGACAAGCUUCCCAACCGGAAGUUUGUCACAUUCAAGCUUUUCUAUAACCCGCAGACACCUGCUGGGUACGAGCCGCCUAACUUCACUGCCGGUGAUGCGGAACGCGACCGCUUCGUCUUUACUACGCACAACCCAGAUGAGGCGCCCGACAAGUGGUCCAUAGGGAAGCUCGAGACAGGUUUCCACUCGCUCUCUCUUGAAAUCACCUCCGUUUCUUCGAUUCUCCCAGGCGCAUUCUCCACAGACGGUCUUCCUUUCGGGGGUACAACAUCAACAGCAGCACUCCUUCCUACGACAUCCGCCUCGCGUGUGGCUGAAGCGGCCGCCCAGCGCACGGCUGCGCAUGCGCGGCGUGUUGUCUGGGAUGCCGAGGCGCUCUGCCGCGCCGACAGUAAAGAUGUAGACGCGGAAGGUGAGCCUGACCCGGACUUCGGUGACACACCGGGGCCGCAGGACGCAUGGGCUCCGCUGGGCGUACGCGACGACGACGGCGCCAUCAUUGAUGUUGCCACAGCGCGCACGCAGGGCAUCAACAUUGAUAAAUCCGCCGGUGACGUCAUGGACGUGGACAGUAAUAUCGCUUCCGGUACUCUCGAGGUCGUGUACGGCGGUGCAAGCGACAGUGCAAGCCAGUACCUCGCCGAGAUCGCCGUUAAGCGUACAGACUCACUUGAACACACUCAGCCUCUCUCAAUCUCGACACAACCUCUUCAAUCGGCGAACGCCACUGCCUCGGACUCGGAAGACGAGCGCGAUUCUCGUUCGGGACGGAGCGUCAUGGGGAUAGGCUCUUCACCGCUGACGAGUCCUUUACCGUCCUCGAGCGACGAUGGUACACAUGCGGACGACAUACUCGACAUGGAAACGCAACGCAUGCCCUCGAUGCACGACCGCCACCACAAGAAGAAGCCCGAGAGCGUCGAGUCCUUCAUGAACGCCACUGCUUCCGCUCCUAAGCGACAACAACAGCAUGAUUCGAUUGCCACAUUCAGUCCGACGCCGGCCCCUCUUCCCGACGAUAUUGACAGCACGCCGACGGCUGUCGCGUCUCCCUCGCGCGUCCCUCCUACUAUGAAGAAGACUACGACAUCGCCAGAGAAGAUGGAUGAAGACGAUGUUAUAACGCCUCUGCCUACACCUUCCCCGCCUAAGAAGGAGAACGAAGGCGUUGACACUGAUCCUGUGCGUUGCGACUGCGGUGUACAGCGGGAUGACACGGAGUCCAUCUUCUGUGAUGGCUGUAGCCGCUGGCAUCAUCUUUGGUGCAUGGGGUUCCAUUCAAUCAAUGAUAAGCGCAUCCCACAACGCUUCCUCUGCUUCACGUGCGCGCUGGAACGUGACGAUAACUGGGCAAUCGUGCGCCUGCAGCCAUGGUGUGCGGAGCUCUUCAACAAAUACGCUCAACUUGCUCUGUUCAGGCGUGCGAUCAAGCUUGUCGAGGAGCAUAACCCAGACUCCAGCAAAGCCUUCACAGAGCUCAUAGGUUGUGAGGCUCUCGUGGCUGGCCAGCUCUUCAAGCGGCUGGAAGCUGAAGGUUUCAUCGCGCUGCAGUCGGAUCUUGAGGAUAUUGAUGCUAAGACGGCGAAGAAAGGCAAGAAGAAGGCACGCAAGAGCAUUCGCCGAACGCGCUACGUGUUUCUUCAUGCCUCGCGCAAGUCAACGCGCUACGCCUCAUACUUCCAUCCGGAGCCCGCGGCGGAGAUCAGGGUUAUGGGCAUGGAGGGUGUUGUAAACCCACCGAAGCCGCAGUCGAAGCCGAAGUCGCGCCGUCAGGCCGAGAUUGAUGAUGCGCAGACGCAGGCUGAAUCGCAGGUUCUGCCACCGCCGACGACCUCGAAGCGCAAGGCCGUCGAAGACGAGGAUGAGCGCGACGGAAAGAAGAUCAAGAUCUCUGUCGCUGCUGCCGUUGACCUAUACGACUGA